AUGAACUCAGCGGUCGCGUCGAGGCUCUCUUGGGGACUGAUUCUGAGCUCUAUCGAUUUUUUGGCAUGUCUUUUGUUCACUUGUCUACACGAUGGCACAUUUAAAUUCGCCAAUUUUACAGGGCAAUUUAGCGAUUUCUCGUUUUUCACCAGGUUUGUUUUUUGGGUUACUAUCGAUUUAUUCCUUCUUCAAAUCCUCCGUUUCGCACUAUGGAUGGUCCCGGCCGCGAUUCACAUGGCAAACAAGGCAGAUACUUUGACAAUGUGGAAAGAGCCCAUCUUCUGCACCUCUCUACUCAUUUGUGCCGCUUCACCAACCAAACUUCUGCUUCUAACCGAAAAAUUGAAACCCGGAGAAUUUUUGACAUUCGGAGAUACGGCAUUUUUGGUUUGGAACUUUUUGGCGGCCAUCAUUUUGAACUCCUCGUGGACAAGAUUCUUCAUUCGAACCCCAUCGUCGUAUAUUAUUUUGGAGGAUGAAGACGUGAGUUCUGUCGGUGUGUCCAGAUGUCCAGAUGUCCGAAUUUUUCAGAUGGAACAAGCGCCAAAACAGACUUUUGAACUUAUUUUCCGUCUGUUGCAAUACUGUAAAAGAGAAUGGUUGUGGCAUAUUUCCGGAUUCUCAUGGCUCUUCAUUUAUUCGAUUACUCGAAUCUUCGUCCCGUACUACACUGGUCAAGUGAUUGCCACCGUAGUCGCCACGAAGUCCUAUCCAGCUCUCUCGAAUGCCGUCUACAUCAUGACGAUCAUCUCAUUGGUCAGUGCAGUGGCAGCUGGUUUUCGUGGAGGAUCAUUUGAAUACGCUUAUGCCAGAAUUCAACGAUCCAUUCGUUAUGAUUUAUUCCAUGGUCUUGUGAAACAAGAUGUCGCGUUUUAUGAUGCUCAUAAAACUGGAGAAAUUACUUCGAGAUUGGCUGCUGAUUGUCAAACGAUGUCGGAUACUGUAGCUCUUAAUGUCAAUGUCUUUUUGAGAAACUGCGUGAUGCUUCUCGGAUCCAUGAUCUUCAUGAUGAAACUCUCAUGGCGACUAUCGUUGGUGACUUUCAUUCUUGUUCCAAUCAUUUUCGUUGCUUCGAAGAUUUUCGGAACUUAUUAUGAUCUCCUCUCCGAACGCACCCAAGACACGAUUGCCGAGUCGAACGACGUAGCUGAAGAAGUGCUCUCCACAAUGCGUACCGUCCGUUCAUUCGCUUGCGAGAACGUCGAAGCCGAUCGAUUCUACGGAAAAUUAACCCACACUUUGGAUGUAACCAGAACUAAAGCCAUCGCCUACAUCGGAUUCCUUUGGGUCUCCGAACUCUUCCAAUCAUUCAUCAUUGUUGCAGUUCUAUGGUACGGUGGACAUUUGGUAUUGACCCAGAAGAUGAAAGCGGAUCUUUUGGUUUCAUUCCUUUUGUAUCAAAUGCAAUUGGGUGACAAUUUGAGACAAAUGGGUGAAGUUUGGACCGGAUUGAUGCAAUCGGUUGGUGCAUCGAGAAAAGUGUUCGAGUAUAUUGAUCGAGAGCCACAAAUUCAACAUUUGGGAGAGUAUAUGCCGGAGAAUGUCGUUGGAAAAAUCGAGUUCAGAAAUGUGCACUUUAGUUAUCCAACUAGGUCGGAUCAACCCAUUUUGAAAAGUUUCGAGUCCGAGACUUCUCGACAUCAAGAACUUUUCGAGACUCUUCGUUUUGGUCUCGAAAAUUCUCGGAACCUCCCGAAACUCAAAAACUCUUCUUCCAGGGACCUCUCGUUCACCGUUGAGCCAGGAGAGACUGUCGCAUUGGUUGGACCAUCAGGUUCUGGAAAAUCGUCAUGCAUUUCUCUUCUCGAGAAUUUCUAUAUUCCAAAUGCCGGACAAGUUUUGGUGGAUGGUGUUCCACUGGAAGAUUAUGAGCAUCACUAUAUUCAUAAGAAGAUCGCUUUGGUCGGACAAGAACCCGUCCUAUUUGCUCGUUCGGUUAUGGAAAAUGUAAGAUAUGGUGUGGAGGUUGCGGAUACGGAUGUGAUUCGUUCAUGCGAGAUGGCAAAUGCUCAUGGAUUUAUAAUGCAAACCACAUUGAAAUACGAAACAAAUGUUGGAGAAAAAGGAACCCAGAUGUCGGGGGGUCAAAAACAGAGAAUCGCCAUCGCCCGAGCUUUGGUCCGUGAGCCAGCGAUUCUUCUUCUCGAUGAAGCCACGUCGGCGUUGGAUACGGAAUCCGAGCAUGUUGUACAAGAAGCGAUUUAUAAGAAUUUAGAUGGAAAGAGUGUUAUUUUGAUUGCUCAUCGAUUGUCGACUGUGGAGAAGGCUGAUAAGAUUGUCGUUAUUAAUAAGGGCCGCGUCGAGCAAAUCGGAAACCACGAGAGCCUCCUCAAAGACACCGAAGGCACCUAUGCCAAACUCGUUAAACGCCAAAUGAUGGGCGAUCAGAAACCACGUAAACGCACUACAGUACCCCGAUCGGGUCCACAGCCAGCCACGUCGAUCAACGUGGCGGGACCGUCUCAGGGCAACGCAAUGUCGCUGUUAUCCACUUCUUUCAGCCAAUCCGCUUCCAGUGUUACCUCUCAUUAA